AUGGUGUUCCUAAUAUUUUGUAAAGUAACAUACGUUACGAGUAAAAAUGCAGGCAGUGCAAUAUUUAACAGUGCAAAAAUAAAUUUGAAGUGUUGGAACGCAGAAGAUAUCGCGAAAUUACAAGCUCGUAAAGAAUUUGAAAAAGUAAUACCACCCGUUGUGAAUCCGGAGAAAGUUGAUGCUCAAUACAUAAAGAGGACUCUGAGGUAUUUUAGAAAUGCCUUGAUAGUUGUACAGAGAGAUACGGAUAUCCGUACUGCUGGAGUUCUAAAAGAGGCAUUAUCUGACACUAUUGGUGCACAUCUAAAUGCUGAAAUUUUACCAACUAUUCGAUUUGCUUAUUAUGCAGGUUACAUCCCAUACAAGAGUGCAAAACAAGCCCAUAUCUUUUUGGAUCAACUCAAAAUUCUUAUGAACACUCAAGGAGUAGGUUGGAAACAACCCCCGCGAUUACCUCAGUGGACAAACUUAACUGUUGCUAAAAUAGCAAUAGGUGCUGGGAAAUUUCGAGAUCCUUGCGCUACUUUAUUUACCAAACGGGAUGCUAAUAACUGCAUUCACGUACCAACCCCAGUAAUGGACGAUGAAUUCGAGCCAUCUGCUAUGGCUUUACCAUUUAGAAGGCGAAGUCUAGUAAGCUUAACCUCCCCCAUAUCAGAAAACGUCCUUUUAAAAUAUUAUACAACUGUUUCAAGGUGUAUUUUAAAUAGUUCACCUGCUAAUUGUCGUCAUGCAGAUUUUAUUACUUUUAACAAUGAACUGUGGCACUGGAUGAAACGUGAUGUGGCUCCGCAUUUAGUAGAUAACAAACUGUAUGCAGCAUAUAGUGGCAUCCUACGAAUAGCAGCAGCGGUUCAAAAUUAUGGAAAAGGAUUAUCUAGACGCAAUCUCUUCGAAUAUCAUAAACCCGAUGAAUGCAAAUGGAAUCCUUGGAGGAGUCUCACCCAAUCUUACCUUCAGAUAGACGCAGAUUGGACACCUGCAUUAUACAUUGCUCUAGUUAUCUCUACUGCUAUAGCCAUAUGCCUCUUACAAAUUUGUUAUAACUAUAUGUUUGGUAAAACUAACGGAUGUCCCUGCACCACCAGUCCUCCGCGAUCAUACUCAAGAGACAUUGCAUAUGCUAAGAUCGACACCAGUAACUAUUCAGCCAUCGUGCCACAACGUAGCGUAGUAUCCUCAGCAUGUUGCAGCAACCGCAUACAGCCGAUGCGUCAUAGUAAAUCUAAAACACCUUCUGUUGGCUCUACGAGAACGCAGCGAGUUUAUGAUUUGAAUGAAAAUACUGAGAAGUUAAUGACGGUUAUCGUCAGUGAUAACCUAGAAAGUGAUACUGCAUCGACAACGUCAAAGGGAGAAACUGACGAGUACGCUAAUAAAACUGAGACGAAAACUUCGGAAAGUAAGCCGAAAAGUCCGCCUAAAAUAGAUACUCCAAUUGCUCAAUUGACACUUGACAAACCCGGUAAAACCGACCGGUCUGAGAAAAGACUUUCAAAGCCCAUGUACUCGACGAGUACACUGACUCGUUCGGAUAUGACUUUCUGUCAACAAAUGCGACAUAGCGAUUCAGCGUGGUCAGCUACAAGUUCUAGUACAUCAGGCAAAUCAGUUACUUCUACAAGUACGAAGUCACGUAGCCAAAGAUCUAGAAGUUCGCGAGACUUAGCAUGGGCGCGGCACGUCAUCUCCAGACACUCUAGGAGGGUAACUCAAUCUUCUGGAACGGAACUAGAUGGACAGUCGUACACUACUCCAACGACACGACGAUAG